GAGAGAGACAAGCAAAGCCACUGCCUGGUAGAGCUGGCUCGUAUUUGACCAUGUGUCUCGUGGUGCUUAGCGCUUGAUCGUGGCUUUUAAAAGUUUGAGGAGCUUGUGCUAGCGCGUGCUUAAACGCCUUGAGUGAACAGCAACGGUCGCUUACGGCACCUACAAUGUUCCCGCCAACAUGCAGCGCACGUCCACACUAGAAAACAGAGUCUGUGAAAAACUUCUCGGACUGUCUGUGCCCUUGAUCGUUUAUUAGUUGACUGAAAGUAGUGACGCUAUGGAACGUGAGGCCAAAGUUGGUUCGGAACAAACGCGGGACACUUUGCCCAGUGAUGAUCCUUUGUUGCUUCUGUCAUAUGUACACAAGCUCGUUCGUGUUGAAACUACGGAUGGCAAUGUUCUGGCAGGUUACGUCAAGACAGUCGACCCCAUCUCGGAAAGUAUUGUCAUGGUCCUGUUUGAGGAUGAAAAACCGAAGGUGCUUCACGUCGUCAUGGGACACGCUGUCAAGUCGGUUACUGUUGUCACAGAUGCAAGUCCUGCUGAGAAGGAGCAGCUCGAGAAUCUCUUCAUGCCGGCAAGGCAAGCGCUCAGCGCCGAACAGUUGCGAGAGAGGAAAGAGAAGGUUCGGUCGUGGAUGUGCGUCAACCGCAUUCCGGUGGCCGAGUCUGCCCAGGAGCCUGGUACUCUCAUAAUUGCGGACUCAGUCCGGCUGUUACCUCCAUACGGACCGGAGGACUUCCAGUGCACGAAUUCUCUAGUGCUUGGCAAGAUUCGAGGAAUGGUGUCGCUGAUGCCCGCAGACAUUGAGUCAUGGACAAGCCCUUACGAACCAAUGAAGUAGUGGAGAAUUCCACAGUGGUGAUGACGCGACUGGCUAGGUAAAUUCUCAAGUACUCUCUGGUCGAUUUGUGUAAUUGCUGGAUCACAGACAAAACAGCUGUGAACUCCACAACCUUUGCAUGCUGAAUGGCAUCAAAAGAGUGCGACAGAUCUGCCUUGGGUGACUUGACUUUCUGUGAGUGUGUCGUUACAAGUGUUCGAGUUGAAACUGUAAAAAUCAAAACUGUUACAAUUUUCCAAAAAUCCGUCUUUAAGAAUGAAUGUGAAGUGCCUGAAUGAAACUGCAUUUCAUUUUGUCAGUUCGGUACAGUUGUGCUUUAAGGAUCACUUCGAACUGACUUUGCUCUAAAUAAUCGAAUGUAAAUAAAAAAAGACCGUACGAAAAAGAAGUGUUCUUGUCAAAGCAGCAGCUUGUGAUUGUAGCGCAAACUUACUUCUCUUUAAAUGCACUUGCAGAAGCUUGAAAUAUUGAAGGGAAAAAAUACAAGUUUUACCCAAGUACAAAGCUUGCUUUUGAUGAUGUGCUUGACAGUAGCACAAAAUGCCUCUGUAUCGACCUCCAUUAAAACAUAGGACAUCACACUGUCUACAUUCACCUCACCAA